CUCGUACUCAUUACUCCACGCCAGAAAGUGUCUGUCAUGUCGUCGUCGAGUCAUCCACGCGCUUCGAAGCGUGCAGCAAACUCCGCUGUCAGCCGGUCCCCAAAUGCUUGCGAGCGCUGCCGUAAGCAGAAAAUCAGAUGUAGCGGGAGCCAGCCUUGCGAUGCGUGCACGAAGCGCAGUCGGCCAUGCCACUUCGAUGAAACUCAUCAGCGAGUCGUUGUAACUAGAGGUUAUAUACGCGAAUUGCAGAGAAGAGCUAUUCGAAGGGAUGACGUGUCAGCACAGGCCAUCUGCGAUGAAGCAGCCCGAAAUGUAUCGGGCGAAACAGCGAUGGCCUCAGGCCUCACGCGCCCUGAGGACAUGGAUCCGCCAGCCUUGCCGAGGCCCGGGGGCUCAGAGCACGGUGAUGAUACACCGUCGAUAGCUGACGGCAGCCAUGUUACUGAAGAGCCAGGUUUGACAAAUUUCUUGACACAAGACAAGUCACCGUUCAUGACGGCAGGGAAUGGCAUGACCUAUUACCUCGGCGCAUCGUCGAAUUGGACAUUUACACAGAAGGUUUUGAGCAUGGUAUAUGAAAGAGCCUUUCGGAAUCAAAUACCCGACGUUGAGCGCCUCAUAGAGGGCCUGGGCAACGCCUACGACUUGCCCUGGGACGGCAUCCCGCUGGGCGAGCCACCAUCUCUGGCCACCGUUCCAACCAUCGACCAUGCCAUAUAUCUCAUCAAUGCAGUCAAGUUCCACUGCACUCAGCUGUUCCACCUCUUUGACGAAGAGACAUUCAUCCCGGCGCUCUAUGCCUUCUAUCAGCGGUCACCAGGAACUCGACACGAGACUGACAGGCUGUGGCUUGUGCAUUUCAUGUUGAUCUUAUCAUUCGGCAAGGCAUUUACUGUCCGGAACAAGGGCAAGAACCCUGCCGGGAUCGAGUACUUCAUCAAGGCGCUUCAGUUCCUCCCCAGCACGAUCAUGUUGUGGAGACAUCCAGUCCACUCUACGGAGGUCUUGUCGUGUAUCGCCCUCUACCUUCAAUGUUUAGACUACCGCAUCGUGGCGCACAACUACAUGGGCCAAGCCUUGCGUCUUGCACUGAAUUACGGACUCCACACAGAUAUCCAACGGGACGGCUUCGGCAAAGAGUCCGUGGAAAGGAUCAGGCGAGUCUGGUGGACCCUAUUCAUCCUGGACCGCGAGAUGACGUCGAUAGCUGGCGUCCCACAGUCUAUUCAGAUUGAUGACGUACAGUGCCAACUUCCCGAGUUCUCCGGCUCUUCCCAGCGUAUUAUGGUCUUGAAAAUGCAGCUCACACUAUCACAGCUGAUGGCUAAGAUCAACCAGACCAUGUAUGGAGUUGGCGGCAAGUUGCACAAAGACUUCCUAAGAGGGAUUGAAAACGCGCUUGGAGAGCUUGCACAAGUACACGAAGAGCUCUAUCGGUGCUUCCCGGUACCCCCUGAUCAGGCCCAGGGGAGCAUAUCUCGGACGUCGGCACACCUUUACCUCUCGUACUAUCGAUGCAUCAUACUCGCAACACGUCCAAUUCUGUUCUGUUUCAUCAAGAUCAGGCUCGACUCAUGGGAAGAAUGUCAAGCGAGGCUCCAUUCUUCGAACACAGCACGCAACAUGCUACAGAUGUGUCUCGACGCCUCGAUCCAAAUUCUUGUCACUCUCGAUUUAUUACUGCAGCAAAACCUCAUAGACCCGUUUCUGCCAUUCGACCUGGACUCAGUCUCGGCAGCCACGAUCAACAUCUUGGUUGCUAUGGCUCUUGAUCACGAAUUUCUGCAGAGCGGUUCUUCGUGGAUCACGACUGCAAAUGCAAUAUUCGCUGAGCUUGUCGCAAGUGGGAAUCAGGUCGCUGCUGUACGGGUCAAGGAGCUAGACCAGCUUAAAAGCCUCUUGGCCAAGCUGGGCAAUGGUGGAGGGCAGCCGGCUCCAGCUAGAAGCCCAACAACGCCAUCCGCGCCGUCCUCGUGGGUCCCAAGUGGUCAAGUCAUGCCACAGACCAGGGACAGUAUGUUUGCUGCUCAAUCUCAAGUCCAUGUUGCGGGCGAAGCAGUAACGUGCACCGUGGAAGCGACAACAUCCUCGGCAAGCACAGCACUAUCGCGUGCUGCGCCGCAGACACUAGACUUCAGCGCCACCACAGGCUUCAGCUUUGACACAGGGACUUUCGAUUCUUCACAGGCUGCUGAGAUUAUAGAACUUGCGAACUCAGUGGCGGACAUUGAUUCUAUUUGGGUGUCAGAUAUCAUCGGGCAUGAUAGCAUCUGGUAGCACGCGUAGUUGGCCAUGAUAAAGAGGCCCUCUCUUGGUCUCUCGGACAACCCGGUGCCACCCCGUCCUUGCGCAGUAAAUGAGCC